AUGUCAGCAGCGAAGAGGAGCGGGAAGGGGAGAGGGAAGGCUACCGAUCCAUUGAUGUCCGGGAAGAAAAUGCGAGUGGAUGAAGAACUGGAUGCAGAGCUCGAUCUAUCCAGGUGCAACCUUGCGCAUCUCCUCAGCUCUUAAUUGACGUUACUCUCUGUGGAUUUCUAAGAAAUCUUAUUCUUCCAUGUUUUGCCAAAACUGUUGAGAUGUCCAGUGACAUCAAAGGGAUCAUCUCUGCUUUGCAACAGAUAAGAGAAAAGGCUCAGAAAGAUGGACAGAAGAAGAAUGAGGAAACAAUUGGAUGGUAAAUCCUCUUCGUUAAUGCUCUUGAAUGCGACAUUAGAGGAAAGCACCUGUGUGCUGUAUGCCAGGGCAUCCUUGUGAUUGUGAUGCCCUCUAAGAGAGCCGUACUCUGUUGCUUUUAUGUUAGUUUGACUUUUUGUAUGUUAUUUGGAUAUUUUGCAACUUGUUCGUAGCCAUAGUAUAAAUAGUUUAACAUUCCUAAUAUCUAGUCAUCAGUUUCAGUUUGACUCUGGGGGAUUCACAUAUCUUUCUAUGCUCAUAUGACGGUACAAAACUUAUGGCUGAUCACAAUGCAUUUUCCAUCUGCUUGCUAUGAAACCGAGGAGCUAGAAAAACAGAGAAAUGUUUUUUUGUUAUUCGUGCUUAAUAUUUUAGUUCUUAUGGUUCUUUCAAAAUACAGAUUCAUACAAGAAAUUAGAUGAGAUGAUUCAUCAAGAAAGUAUUUUGGUUGAAUACUUACUGUCUUUUAUUGGUGAUUUCUAUGUAUCUAAUUAUGCUUGCAUUACAGUGUGGCAUCAGAAGUUCGGGCAAUGCUCGAUGAUACAAAGUCUAAAAUCGAGAAAGACAGGUAGCAACCCAGAUUUCUCCUUGAUGGACUAACCUGUAUCGAUUUAUAAGGAUGAAUCCAAAAUAUCGUAUGGUUACUGUUAAGAUGCUGGAACACGAUAGUAUAUUUGGAGGUUUUAUCUCACUGAUAUGCAUAUUCUAUUCGACAAUCUCUGUUAUUAACCAUUUUUUUCCUGAAUUACAGGCAGACCUUUACGAAGGCUCUCACAAAAAACUCCAAAGAGGUGUGAAGAUUAUUUAAAUAUAAGUAAAAUAAAUUACUUGUUAUUAAAAGGACAGAGUCUGAAGUAUACAUUCAAUUAACCCAGUAACUGUUUUACCUUGUAGUGUGAAAGUUUGCUUAGGAGUGAAUACGCUAAGUUCCAGGCAGCACAUGAGAAAUUUUGCAAAGACAAAGCAAACUUUAUACAGGCUUUUAAAGGUAAAUUACAAUUGAUUUGAAAGCAAAAUUUUCUAGGUAUUCCUUACCUGCAACUUUAAUAACCAUGAGCUAUUGCUGAAAUCUAUUUUCUGACAAUGGAGUGACUAGCUUUGAGGUAGUUUCCUAUUCAAACCAAUGAGUAACGUAAGAAAGGCAGCAGUAAAAUAAACAGUUAUUGUUUUUUUCCCAAUGAAGAAAUAGGCAGAGGAUCUGAACUUGACCAAGAAAAGAUUGUUAUUGAAUUUUAGGGGCAUCUGUGUCACUGUCACCGAUGGAUUCGUGAAUGAUACUGCCCUGGAGAAGAUAUCAAAGGCACCGCUUGGAUGUUGGAAUCGGAUUUCGAAUCAUUUUUCUAUCUCUUACAAUCACAUUGUCGCAUCUCAAACGUGAAGUCGUGAACGGGUUGCUCUGCCUUUAUUGGGAUUUUUUUCCAUCGCAAGACUAUGCACUGACACUAUAUAGUCGCUGAUUCCAAGAGAAAACGCCAAUUUAAACUUGAUUUAUUCCAUGAGCGUGCCAGCAGUGAGUGACGUGAUUGUAUGCGAGGGCAUCGUUUCUUUUUCAUUCAGUAAUCGUCCUACAUACUCACAACCAUACCGCGAUUGUUCUCAUUGAAAUCCAUGUGGCUCUUAACAUCUUCUCUGUUCUUUAAUUACUGAUCAUCGAUUUUGAAUUUUUUCCAGAAAUAUUUUCCAAAUUUGAAGAUGAAAAGGAAAAAUUGUUCGUACGUUAUGAACAGCAGCGUGAGCCACAAAAACCUUAGCUUUUACAGAAUCUUACCCGACUUCUGUAGCAUGUGUAUGAAUCUUCUUUCGCUUCUAGGUAAAAGAGAAAAAGCUGCCCUCUCUGAAGUUGAAAAGGCUUGUACCAGCAAGAUUACCGCAGCCGAGGAAUCUCUCAAGAAGAAGAAACAGGUGGGCGUAAACAUAACGAUCGAAUAUUACUAUUUUUGUAAUAUUUCAGUGAGCGAACCCUCAAAGGGUACUUGCGUAGUAGAUAAAGGGCUUUCUUUGUGUUAUAUCCGGGUUAGUCUGUGCGAAAGCUCCAAGAAAUCAGUAUUUUUUUAAAAAUCUACUGUAUAUCUCUUCUCUCUGACAAAGUUGAGGAGCUAUCCCAUUUUUAAAUUCUUUCUGAUAGUUUUUCCUUCCGUGCAGGAUGACAGAUCUUUCAGCAUCCUCAGAAAAUCCCUCGGUUCAUUUCUAGAUAAUGGCUCCGAUGAUGACUAUGGGCCUGAUGACUGA